GGCGCCCGCAGUGUCACUUGGCCGGCGGGGACGCGGUCUGCGCGGUGGGCUGGGGGCCGCCCUGCAACGUCGCAGCGGGCUCGGGCCCGUGAGCCUGGAGCGGCCCGCAGGGCAUCUGCGUCCCACGCUCCCACCCCCUCCCCCGCGUCGGGGGAGGCGGCGUGUCCGGCGGAGGGUGGUGGGGCGAGGGGCAGGGCUGGAGCGCCAUGAGCAGCCCGGAUGCGGGGUACGCCAGUGACGACCAGAGCCAGCCCCGCAGCGCGCUGCCCGCGGUGAUGGCCGGGCUGGGCCCCUGUCCCUGGGCCGAGUCGUUGAGUCCCCUCGGGGACAUGAAGGUGAAGGGCGAGGCGGCGGCGAGCAGCGGGGCGCCGGCCGGGGCGGCGGGCCGGGCCAAGGGCGAGUCUCGCAUCCGGCGGCCGAUGAACGCCUUCAUGGUGUGGGCCAAGGACGAGCGCAAGCGCCUGGCGCAGCAGAACCCGGACCUGCACAACGCCGAGUUGAGCAAGAUGCUGGGCAAGUCGUGGAAAGCGCUGACGCUGGCGGAGAAGCGGCCCUUCGUGGAGGAGGCCGAGCGGCUGCGCGUGCAACACAUGCAGGACCACCCCAACUACAAGUACCGGCCCCGCAGGCGCAAGCAGGUGAAGCGACUCAAGCGGGUGGAGGGCGGCUUCCUGCACGGCCUCGCCGACACGCAGGCCGCCUCGCUGGGCCCGGAGGGCGGCCGCGUGGCCAUGGACGGCCUGGGCCUGCCCUUCCCCGAGCAGGGCUUCCCCGCGGGCCCGCCGCUGCUGCCGCCUCACCUGGGCGCCCACUACCGCGACUGCCAGGGACUGGGCGCGCCCCCGCUCGACGGCUACCCGCUGCCCACGCCGGACACGUCCCCGCUGGACGGCGUGGAGCCCGACCCGGCCUUCUUCGCCGCGCCGCUGCCCGGGGACUGCCCGGCGGCCGGCCCCUACAGCUACCCGCAGGCCUCGGACUACGCGGGGCCCCCCGAGCCGCCCGUCGGCCCCGUGCACUCCCGCCUCGGCCUGGAGCAGGCGGGCCCUGCCCUGCCGGGCCACGUGGCGCCCCCCAGCGCCCUGCAGCUGUACUACAACGCCCUUAGCUCGCCGGCGGCGGGCGGCGGGCGCGGCUUCCCCAUGCAGCCCCCGCAGCCCCCGCCGGGCCCCGGGCAGCCGUCGCCCCCUCCCGAGGCGCUGCCCUGCCGCGACGGCGCGGACCCGAGCCAGCCCGCCGAGCUCCUCGGGGAGGUGGACCGCACGGAAUUUGAACAGUAUCUGCACUUUGUGUGCAAGCCCGAGAUGGGGCUCCCCUACCAGGGGCCUGACUCCAGCGUGACCCUCCCAGACAGCCACGGGGCCAUCUCCUCGGUGGUUUCCGAUGCCAGCUCUGCGGUAUAUUACUGCAACUAUCCCGACGUCUGACGGCCCCCGAUCCGACCCAGCCUGCAGGCCAGAAGCGCAGUGUUACUUCCCGGAGGAGCUGAGGACACCCUCAGCCUCACGUUGUUCUGUUUUGUUUCUAAGUUGCCUAGGCACGUAAUUUAUGGUAAUUUAUUUUGUCUGCCACUUGAACGGUGGGGGUGGGGGUGGGGGGGGAGGAGAAAAAUGGGAGGUUUGUUUUCAGAUUUGUUCCGAUUCUGGUUGCCCACGGUUGCCUGGUCAAAGCCCCGUUUCCCAGUUCGAGCGGACCAGUUUUGAGUAUGUCCCCGAGGAACUUGCUCCGUUUGCCGAAAACUGAUUGAUCAAAACCACUUUUGCCUUGGGUGUGUUUUCUCAAUCUUAAAAAAAAAAAUAAAUAAAUAAAAUCUGGAAUCCCUUCUCA